AGCGUCGACUCGUUCCUUCGCGCGGUGGGGGAGCGGCUGGCGACGCUGGGCAUAUCAGUGGGCGGCGCCCUAGAGGCAGGAAUUCUGGGGGGCCUCACGCCCGGCCAGAUCGCCACCCUCAGCGAGGCGCACGGCCGCGGCAACGCGCCGCCCACGCCGGCGCCCGCGCCCGCGCCCGCCCCCGCGCCCGCGCCCGCACCCGUGCCGGCAACCCAGGGCUCCCCCGAAGCGCCGGCGCCGGAACCAGCUUCAGCAUCUGUGGCGGCGCCGGCGGGCGCCGCGGACGCGGCGCCUGAGCAGCCGUCGAGCACGGACGCCUUCGCCGGGCCCUCUGAGGCGAGCCCCGGCGGCGCCCCGGCCGCGGCAGGCGGCGCCCCGGCUGCAUCUGGGGCCGUAGGCGGGGCCUCCGACGACGACGAGGCAGACCGCGUCCUGGACUCUCUGAUCGAGCCCGAGGGCGCGCCGCCGCCCGAGACGCGCGCGCUGAUCACGCCCCUGGACCCCAGGCGCCUGCUGGCAGACCCCCUGCUCGCGCAGCUGCCGUCCUUCAACGCGUUCACCUACGACUUCUUCGGCGACGUCAGCGGCGCGGGGGGCGAGCUGCUGGGGGGUGCCCUCGAGGAGGGCGGGGCGGGCGGGCUGGGGGGCGGCCUGGAUCUUGAUCUGGAUCUGGAUCUGGCGGCGCUGGGCGCUUCGGAUCUGUCGGCGCUGGGGGACUUUGAGCCGUUGGACCCGGCGCUGCUGGCGGAGGCGUCGGAGGGCCGCGAGGACGGCGGCGGCGGGCCGGGCGCCGCAGGGCUGCGCACGUGGGGCAGCAUGGAACCGGACACCUCGGCGGCUGCGGCAGCUGCGGCUGCGGCGGCGGCGGCGGCGGCGGCGGGAUCGGCUGCGGCGGCGCAGGGCGACGAGGCUGGGGUGGGCGGCGGCGGUGGGGCAGCGGAGGGCUCGCUGCACGGGAAGCUGCAUGGACUGUCGCUGGGGGCGGGCUUUGAGUGA